AUGGGUUCCUUAAGCAAAUGUGGUAAUUCACGAUCGGGUACUCCAGAUAAUUUCCCAAUCAGGGCCAAUGAAGAAGUAGUUGCACAACAAGAGCAAGAGCGCCAUGAAAAUGAGAUUCUGAAGCAACAAAAUGAAGAACUCAGGCUUCAGAAUUUGGCAAUGAAAGAAUUUCUAAAGAACCCACACAAAUCCAUUUUUGAACACAAAAUCUGUAUCGAGAAUGCGCGAUUGAAAGAGAAGAUUCAUGCCAUGACUAUUCAAUAUAAUCAAUCUUAUGGGCUAAACGAGACCCGAAUGGGCAUAGACAUGGCCAUUCAAACCAAAAGUUAUCUUAAGCUAGCACCAUAUGCAAUGGAUGAGCUCUUUAAGCUUGGCGCGCUCAAUGAUCCACUUUGGAAUAAAAGCACCCACGGCCAAGGAGAAACACUUGAUUUUAAGUUAUAUGAAUGGGCUUUUCCGCCUUGUCUUGGCCCGAAACCACAUGGAUUUGUAUCCGAGGCUUCACGGGCUAAAGGGGUCAUACCCAUGGCUACUUCAGACUUUGUAGAAGCAUUAUUCAAUGCGGAUCGAUGGCGAGACAUGUUUGGGGGAAUGAUCGGAAGGUGUACUACGAAAGUGAUUUCUAAUGGCGCUAGAGGUUCAAGAAAUGGUGCUCUACUGCUUAUGAAAGCUGAAAUUCAAGUCUUUUCUUCCUUCGUGCCGGUUCGAGUCCUAAAUUUUAUUCGAUACGUCAACAAACACGCAGAGGGGCUAUGGGUUGUGGUUGAUUACUCCGUUGAUUUUGGAACGGACAGACGGUUAACAAGAAGGUGUCCAUCUGGCUGUAUUCUACAAUCUAUGCCAAAUGGGUGCACAAAGGUUACGUGGAUUGAACAUACAGAAUAUGACGAACAACUGAUCCACGAAAACUAUCGUGGGUUAAUUAGAUCAGGCGUGGGCUUUGGUGCACAAAGAUGGGUUAGUGCACUUUUGGGGCAAUGUAAAUGCAUAGCUCCCAACCUGUUUGAAAGUACAACACGAUGCUUACGAAGUCUAGCACAGCGCAUGAGGCGUAUGUUCUGUGCUACUGUUUGUUUGACUGGCUGGGAACGAUGGAAUUUGGUUGCGAAUGUACCAGGAAGACCAAGGAUAAUGGCGCGCAUGUACAAUAAUUUUCAGGGAGUAUCAGGAGUAGUCAUGAGUGCCACCCAUUCGGUAUGGAUAGCAGCAAAUCAUCGACACUUGUUUGAAAUGAUGUUGAUAAAAGAUUUGAGGAGCGUGUGGGACGUGUUAUGCCAUACGAUUGCUACCCGGGACAUGUAUAGUUUCCCUUUGAGCCAAGAUGAAGCCAACUUUAACUGCGUCUCGAUUCUAGAUUCGAAUACACUACAGGCUGGAGUGAAUCAACCGCUUAAGGUAUUGCAAGAGGCUUCGAGUGAUACGACGGGAUCACUCAUUGUUUACGCAAUUGUGGAUACCCCCACCGUAGCUCUAGUGAUGCAGGGGGGAGAUUCGUCGCGAGUGGGUCUCUUGCCAAUAGGGUUGAGUAUAGUCCCUUACCAUGGGGAAAGUGGUGAAAGUGGAUCCAUGGUGACUGUGGGGUUCCAUAGGUUGCUACGAAAUCAAGUUAUCUCAAACAUCACAGUGGAAAAUAUCAACACAUUGAACAGAUUGGUGGCACAGACAGUUCAGGGAUUAAAAAUGUUGGUUGAUCCACUCAAUGAGGAGGGUAUGUGA